AUGUCAUCGCAACAAGAGCAAUGGGUAAACCACCAAAAUACACUGCUUCAGCUGGCUUCCGCCUCUGCCAUUAAUCCUCCAAUGAUCCCUAGACCUGAGUCAUCACAAUCAAAUUUGAACCUUUCGUCAACUGCUUCAACAGCUCAAUUGCAUCACAUGUUACAACACUCAUUGUAUCCUCCUCACCCACCUCCUCCAGGCCAGCUGACCCAUUUGCACAGUAGUUCUCCGGUAAACAUGAGUAAUACUCCAACUUCGCACCCAAAUGCAAACUCAGGCUCAAGCUCAAACGGUGGUAUUAGUUCUCAUCCCGGUAACGCUAAUAUUCAAUACUCCCAGGGUUUUUUGCCGAACUCUCUUCCUCCAAUUACGGACCCCCUCUCUGGUGGAGCAGUCAAUCGUCAAUCUCCCCAGCCUCAGCAGCAACAGCAACAGCACCAGCUUGCUCAACAGCUUCCACAACAUCAUCAUCAACAACAACACCAUCAUCCUCAUCAUCAACAACAACAGAGACAAAGUGUUGUCAGAUCAAUGACGCCUAUUUCGGUAAUGUCUUCAAAUGGCGUUCUCUCUUCUCUUCCAAAUCAAGUGUAUCACUAUCAGCAUAUUCAAGACAUGCAACAACAUCAACAACAUCAACAACAUCAACAGCAGCAACAGCAGCAACAACAGCAGCAGCAGCAGUUUAUGUUACAAGAUCCAAACUUAAGAUUGAAGAAAAGGAAGGCCGAAGAAGUGACUCAAUCUGUGCAGAUGGGCGCUAAGGGUGGUUCAAAAAGAACCACUCAAGAAAACAUUUUGAAACUGGUCGCACUUAAGAAUAAGGAUAAACCAUUAAGCGAAUAUGCAUCUAUAGUCAGAAGUGCAGAAAUACAGGUGCUUAAUAUGGAUGCUUCUACACAUGCUAAGUCAGAAAUUCAAACAGCAGAACAACACAGAGAACGUGAAAGGCAAGUUUAUGCGUUAAUCUGGCUGAUGAACAGCUGCAUUACUGACGCCGAAUCAUAUGUUCCAAGAGGAAGGAUAUUUGCCCAGUAUGCAGCUUCAUGUGCUCAAAAUCAAUUAAAGCCUCUAUCGCAAGCCACUCUAGGUAAAUUAAUUCGGGCCUUGUUCCCAUACCUCAAGACUAGAAGGCUUGGUAUGAGAGGUCAAUCAAAAUAUCAUUAUUGUGGAUUAAAACUGGUAACAAACCUCGUUGCCCCAAAUGAUCUAACACCAAAUACUUCUUCUGCAAAUGACACUCCUGGCACCAUUGUAUCUAAUAGUGGAACAGCUUCUAGUCAGUCGAAUGCUGAUAAUAUUACCAUUAAAUAUGAAAGCGAACCUCAAGGCUCUCUAGAUUCUCAAUCAGAUAACAGCGCUGCAAUGAAAAGUAUACAAACGGACGAGAUUUUGGGAACAACUUCGAACUCUUCUGAGAAUUCACUCAAUAAUCUUUCCGGUACCAUUUCUUUGGGUUCGCAUAACAUUAGCGAACAGGAUAAUAAUGUCAAGAUUGUCACCUCCUCGGCUUCGGAUUUUAACUUAUACUACGAUGAGGGAUAUGCUCUGUUACCGGAUUUCUUUGCUGUUACCUGUGAGUCCAAAGUAGAGUUACCAAUUAAAUUCCCUGAUCUACAAAAAUAUUUACCUCUCAACCAAAGCAUUGAUCCAGAUAUCGCAUCAAGUGUGAAUUCGCUAUAUCAAGUUUAUUGUAACACUCUCUUUGAGAACAUUCGUUUUAUGAAAUUUGACGAUUUAUUAGCCACUCUACAAUCUUUUUCAUCGGGAUCAAUAUCCUCGCAAAUGUACAAUCUAUUCAUUUCUGAAGAACUUUAUGAAUGGGUUCGUCAAUCAGACCUCUUGACCCACAGGGCAUUGACUAAAAUGCUUUCGAGUUUAAUUGUUGACUUUGACGAAGUACCUGAUGUGGUUUUGAACAAGUUGUCUGAUUUCUCAAAUGAUUACUUGAAUACAGUUGAGCAAUCCACAAUGGAUCUCCCACUGCCUAUGGUUACCUCAAAAAAGAAUAUUGCACAUUCAUUCGCGCUUUUGGUUAAAAGGCUUGUUAAAGUGAUAGAAGCAAGCAAAAACCUAGCCAAUGUUUUGAGCAAACAAGAAAAUAGACUUUCGAUGAUGUAUGGUUGGGAACAGCAUGUUAGAGUAUCAUCCAUAGUCAAUCAAGAAUUUUCCUUUUUCAACUAUCCAUCUUUAGAAAAGGAUAUACAAGAGUUGUUCUCCAUACAGCUUUUGGAACUGCUAAAGAAAAACGAUGAUGAAUUCGACUUGAUACAGUUUGUUAAAUCAGUGUUCCAAACUUUAUCUCGCAGAAAUGUACCGGCAAGGCUUUUAGUGUUAGCUUUUAACUCUCUUACAUCAGCUUUUGUCAAAGAAAUCUCUUCGAAAUCUACCGACAGUUUCGGAUUAUGGUGGAUGUUCAAGACCUUCCUUGACGAAUGGGUAUUCUGGUAUGCGGAAGCCGGUGGAUUUUUGAAGGAAUGA